UCCACCCACCAGCAGCCGCAGCAUCAGCAGCAGCGCCCCCACCACCACCAGCAGUGGCCCCAGCAAGGCCGCUGCUUCCACCGCGCUGUAGCCACACAAGCCGAUCGCCUCCAAGAUCGCCGCCGGCGUCCCAUGGGCCCAGGUGAGCUGCAGGCCAAGGUCAGGAAGCUGAUGACCACACCUGCACAGCCUGCAGUUCGAGCGGUGUCUACAUCCUUCAGAGACCAGCGCCCCUCGGUUCCGCCGCCGCCCCACGCCACAGAGGUGACGGACGAGGAACUGGUCCAGAUGGCCACUGACAUAGAAACAGGUAACUGGCACCAAACUGGACGUGUCACAUUUGCCAUCAAUAUAUAUUCUUCUGUCAGUGUGUUUGUAUUAACUGUAAUUGUUUCAUUUACUGGUCGCUACAGCUGAUGCUUGAAGGACAAAGGUAGGUUUGGCAGGUAAUAUAGCCAUCUUCGUAGGUGGUAGUGCCAUCCUCACUCAUGUGGCGGUAAUGUAGAUUUGAUUAAACGCCUUCACAUGUCUACUACCCUUGGCUCUGCUGCAUCUUGUAGCACUAAACCUUCUGCCCUAAUCACUGGCAUACUGCAUGUCAUCAACACUCAGACUCACUUAGUCUUGUCCCAUGACUAUCAUUGUGCUGAAUCUAUUUUGUUGUGUGUGACUGUGUCUGAAGCUGACGUACAGGUCCUUCAGACUCUCCCGCUCCCGCUGGUGGAGAUGGAAGAGGAAGGAGAGGAAUGUGGAGCAGCCCGCAGCUCCCACUCCUGCUUCGGCUGAGGCCCGGUUGCCUGAGAGCUGGCGGACAGCUCUCACCGUGGAAGAGCAGGAGUGGAUCAGCCGGGAGCUGUUCCAGCCAGACAGCAAGGGGAGGACUAAACUCACCACGGACCUCAAGCUGUGGUGGGAUCCCCCUCAGCCCCGGCCGAGUUAUACUCAGCCACCCGCCUCACCAGCUGCCUUCUUCGCAUGUCGGCUGUUCCUCUGGACGCCCCUGCGUCUGUGGGGCGUCCGGCCGACAUGCUGCAACAAGGCCCUCACCAAGUGUGGGCUCUACAGGACCAUCCGGAGGGUCCUGGACAUCGACGGCUGGUACUUGAUGGCCACCGAGUACCUGGAGUGCUGUCGGUGUAAGAAGAAGGUAGCUGCCUGGUCGCAGGAGGUCGUGGGUCAGCUGGGAGAGGGGCAUCGCGCCCUGUUCCCAGCGAUCCUCACCUACAAGCUUGCCUGCGACCGGCGGGUCAUCAUACAGCUGCGUGAGCGUACUCGGGGGAACAGCCCCACGCAGCUGUACAACAAACUCUGUGAGGCACACACAGAGGCCUGGAUGCGGCGGUCCAUACACUACCUCAGCGUCAUGGAGCCCUUCGCGUCGCUAGGUGUCGUGCGCAGGUGCACCCCACCACCAAAUCUGUUACUGGUGUACUGCCACGACAUCCUCUCCCGCCUGGAGGACGUGAAGGCCCGGGUCACCUCCAUCUUUGGAAGCAUCCUGAAGAUGGAUUCAACCAAGAAGGUGACCCGGAAGCUCGCCGGUGCUGCCGCCCAGACCGCAGCGUGGGCAACCAACGUCGGCAACGAGCACGGACAGGUGCUUUUGUCCGUGCUCACGGACGCCGAGGGGGCCGGUCUGUUGUCCAUGGCUGCGGGGUUAAUGCGGCGGUACCGGGACGCUGGGGUGGAGCCGCCCUCAGCUCCUCUACGUCGACCGGGACUGUUGUUCGUCCCACGGGACAUCCAAGGCACCUGAGGUGUUCAAGGAGUGGG